AUGGCUAAGUCCAUACUUGAUAGGCAAAAUAAUCUUGAGACCGAGCGACGAAACUCAAUCGCUGUUGAGGCUCAGUGUUCUCACGACCAUCAGGAUCUAGGGUUUAAAUUACCUCAAAUUCAAAUAUCUAAAUUUGAUGGUGCAUAUUUCCGCUGGCUUGAAUUUCGUGAUACCUUUGAAAAUUUAAUUCACAACAAUGAUCGUAUAAAAGCUAUACACAAAUUUCAUUAUCUUAUAUCCUAUCUGGAAGGGGAUGCAGCCCGGAUUAUAUCCAACCUGGAAGUGUCUUCGGUUAACUAUGCGAAUGCCUGGCAGCUUCUCGGAGAUCGUUAUAAUAACAAAAGAUUAUUAAUUAAUCAUCACUUAAGUUCUUUGUUUAAUAUACAAGCUCACACCCGAGAGUCUGAAAGGUCUUUACGCUUUUUGGUUGAUCAUGUCACUAAAAACUUACGUGCCUUGGCUAGCUUAGGCCAGCCGACUGAUAGAUGGGAUAUCUUGAUAAUUUUUAUGUUGUCCUCUAAGCUUGACAGCCGGACUCUGAUGAAGUGGGAGGAGUACCGUAACACUCUCGAUGAUGUCCCGACUUUGGAUCAAUUUCAUAAAUUUUUAAUUGAUCGUGCUGAUGUCUUAGAGGCACUUAAUCGUAAUAAAUAUGAUAAUAAUGUUAAACACUUACCAGUGAUCUCACGGCCAGCGCCCUCUGCACCUACCUCUAGUAAUAACAGUAACAAUAAUCAUAAACGAAAUAAUACAAAAUCAUUUGUAGGUAUUAAUCAAAAAACAAAAGGCUCUUUAAAUUCAAAUCAAGUCAAGUCAUUCACUUCUGUGUGUAUUAUAUGCAGCGAAAAUCAUAAAGUUUUUGAAUGUCCUAUCUUUAUUAAAAAGGGCAUCCAAGAGAGGUUAGCAGACGUGACCAAAUACAAAUUGUGUGCCAAUUGUCUCAGGCAAGGUCACCCAGUAAGCGAGUGCCGCUUCGGUCCGUGCCGAGAGUGUAAGCAAAAACACAAUAGUUUGUUGCAUGAAUCUAAACAGAGUGUUGUCAAUAAUUCAGUUGUUGUAAGCUCAGUCUCGUCUGCGGCUAAUGUUUCCAAUUUAGGGUCCAAUCAAGUACUUCUCUCCACGGCGGUUAUCGAAGUAGUGAACCCUAGCACUAAUGAAAAGGAAAAGGUCCGUGCCCUAUUAGAUUGUGGUAGCGAGUCCUCCUUUAUCACGAAAUCUUUAAAAGAAAGAUUGUCAUUAAAAUCAUACCCCAGUGACUGUCUAAAGGUCAUAGGUAUCGGUAAUAAUCACAACAAUAACAUAACUGAAAGCUGUAUCGCUCAAAUAAAUUCAUUAAAUGAUUCAUUUAAAGUUAAGUUAUCAUGCUUUGUUCUAAAGGAGCUUACAAGUAAUAUACCUAAAUGCGUAAUAGAUAUUAAAAAUCUUAAUAUUCCUAAAAAUUUACCAUUGGCAGAUCCUGAAUUUAAUCACCCGGCUUCAAUUGAAGUUUUAAUUGGAGCAGACAUUUUCUGGGACCUCUUGGGUAGUGAACACCACUCCUUGGGGCCUAAAAAUCCUCAUUUGCGAAAUUCACGGUUAGGCUGGUUAAUAUCAGGUCCAAUUAAUGUUCCCAAUAAACCAUUUCUUACCCCAAAGGAGCAAGAAUGCGAGAAACAUUUCAUGACUCACACUGUACGCUUGAGUAACGGCAGGUUUGAAGUCAAAUUGCCUUUAACCGAAUCUCCUGAUUGUCUCGGGGACUCGUAUAAUUUAGCGAAAAAACGUUUCUUAAAUUUAGAACGCAAAUUCAAGCGUAAUCCGGCGUUAAAGUCUAAAUAUUCGGAAUUUAUUCGUGAAUAUGCCGAGUUAGGGCAUCUCAGUGAGUCAGCAAUUUUAAAACCUACCCCAGGUUAUUUUUUAUGUCACCACGCCGUGUUUAAAAAUAGCGAAUCCACUGCACUCCGCGUUGUAUUCGACGGUUCCGCUGCCUCCUCCACCGGAGUUUCCUUAAACGACAUUUUAAUGACUGGGCCAAAUGUUCAGGAUUCUCUCUUCUCCAUACUCGUGAGAGCAAGGCAGUACCGGUUUAUCUUGUCUGGCGACAUCGAAAAGAUGUACCGCCAGGUUCAAGUGAAUACUGAAGACCGGGACUUGCAACUUGUUAUUUGGAGAGGAGAUGAGUCCGAGCCCCUUAGAACGCUACGAUUAAAUACUCUGACUUACGGCACCGCAAGCGCGAGUUAUUUAAGCACUCGAUGCCUGUCGCAGCUCGGGGAGGAGCAGCACGAUCCGCUCAUAAAAACUAUAAUACAAAAGGAUUUUUAUGUAGACGACCUUAUUACAGGAUCUAAUGACGAAAACGAACUGCGGUACAUACAAAGGUCAGUCGCGGAGGCUUUGAGAUUAGGAUGUUUUAACUUACGAAAAUAUAAGAGUAACUUACCUACUUUGUUCGUGGACUCAAGCAUAAACAUCCAUGAACAUUUAACUAUAAGUUUGAUUAGCCCUUGCAUAGUAAAAGCUAAAAUUCUUUUACAAAAAUCGUGGAAAGAAAAACUUGACUGGGACGAACCAGUCCCAGAUAUCAUUAAAGAAGAGUGGAAUAGUUUUGCUGACAACUUACCUUUUAUUCAAGGUUUAAAUAUAACCAGGCCAGUUAUAUGUGACUCCCCUACAUCAAUUGAAAUGCAUGUUUUCAGCGACGCCUCACAAGUCGCCUACGGCAGUUGCGUUUAUAUGAGGUCUGUUGCUGCAAACGGUGACGUCACUGUAAAACUUUUAUGCAGUAAGUCUAAAAUCUCACCUGUGAAGCCCACGACGAUAGUACGUCUCGAGCUCUGUGCCGCACUGCUGGCUGCGAGGCUCAGCAGAGCUGUACUGGACUCGCUGCGCUACAAACCUGAUCGCGUGCUUUACUGGUCUGACUCGAGCAUAGUUCUGGCUUGGCUGAAAAAUAAUAUUACACAGUUAAAAUCAUUUGUGGCAAAUCGUAUCACAGAAAUAUUAGAAAUUACUUACCCAUCAACCUGGCGUCAAGGAACGAGUGUGGCCUAUAAAUGGAAGGCGACUCGCUCGGCGCACGGUAGAAAACUGCACGCGCUGCCGACGCGUUAG